UGCGACAUGUCGAAAACAAGCUGGCUGACAUCCAUGGCUGAAAUGCGGCAUUACUGAGCAAUACUUGAUGUUGUGUAGUUGUUGAUAAAACGAGAAAACGGUCACAUCAGGCUUGUACCCAGUUCGUCCAGGGUUUCUGCCCCCCAAAAAAGCGAUGCUGGUCACCGUUUUCUGCGCACCGAGGGAUCGCCCAGAAACCACCUUCGCCCUCGAUGUGUCUCCAGAGCUGGAAUUGAGAGACUUUGUAGCACUUUGUGAGCUAGAAUCAGGAAUCCCAGCUGGGGAGAUUCAGAUCACAUAUGUAGAACAGCCCCUAAAAGACCCCACUCGUGCCUUGGGGACCUAUGGUGUAAAGGAUGGAGAUGUGGUGGUUCUCAGGCAAGCAGACAGAAGGCCGCCGCCAACUCAGCCGGCCUUCCCAGGUCUGCCCCAGAUUGACUUUCGUUCCAUCACAGUUCCAGGCACCUCGUCUUCAACUAGUCAGCGUGGUGCCGUAAGGCCACAGCAACAAGCCUCACAGUCAGCACCACAGGUGCCACUGUCCCCACGUCCUGCACAACCUCCUACGCCAACGGCCUUGCGCGGCUCCUCUCCUCAGGGGCUGGAUGACCCUGCCUUACUCCAGCAGAUGCUGUUAUCCAAUCCACAUGAGCUGUCCCUCCUCAAGGAGAGAAACCCACCGCUUGCUGAGGCCCUGCUCAGCGGAGACUUAGAGCGUUUCACCAAAGUGCUGUUGGAGCAACAACAGGAUCGAGCCAAGAGGGAGCAAGAGAGAAUCAGACUUCUGACUGCUGAUCCUUUUGAUUUGGAAGCCCAAGCAAAGAUUGAGGAGGACAUCAGGCAGCACAAUGUGGAAGAAAAUAUGACCAUUGCAAUGGAGGAGGCCCCAGAAAGCUUUGGACAGGUGGUUAUGCUCUACAUUAACUGCAAAGUCAAUGGGCACCCCGUGAAAGCUUUUGUUGACUCAGGAGCCCAGAUGACCAUCAUGAGCCAAGCAUGCGCUGAACGCUGUAACAUCAUGCGCCUGGUGGACCGACGCUGGGCAGGGAUCGCCAAGGGAGUGGGCACCCAGAAGAUCAUCGGCAGAGUUCAUUUGGCUCAGGUCCAGAUUGAGGGGGAUUUUCUACCUUGCUCUUUCUCCAUCUUGGAGGACCAACCGAUGGACAUGCUGCUUGGUCUGGACAUGCUGAAGAGACACCAGUGUUCAAUCGACCUGAAGAAGAGCGUGCUCCUAAUAGGCACUACAGGCACUGAAACUCGCUUCCUGUCUGAGGCAGAGCUGCCAGAGUGUGCCCGACUGGCAUACGGGGCAGAGGGGCGUGAAGACGCACGUCCAGAUGAGAUGGCUGACAGAGAACUGGCAGAAGCGCUUCAGAGGUCCAUACAGGAAAGCGACACUGCAGAUGGACAAACUACCUCACCACAGCCCCCACCAUUUACAUUACCCAGAACCUUAGACCAAAUGUCCUCAUCCACCUCCCCUUCCCAAAGUCCUUCCUCUGGUCAGACCCAGAACCCGGCCCUGGAUCGCUCUCAGUCUGCCCCGGCCACCAUGCAGCAGGCCCCAGCACCAAAGCAGCACCAGGACCAACCUGGCUGCCAGGAGCCUCCUGUGUCAUCAUGCUUAGCAGAGGAUGCUGGUUCUAAACCACAUCAGGUCCACCCUGUGCCAGACCAUAGCAUCUCUGAAGUGCCCCCUGCACCCGGCCCCUCGACUGACGCCCUCCCUCCUCCUGCAGACGUGACUACAAGUGGAAGUCCAGCUCUUCAGUUUCCAGAGGGUGGCGCACUUGCUGGAGCCGCAGAGGGGGGUGCUGAAUCAGAUGAGGUGGUGGACAGCUCCACGCUCCCCCAUCCAGAGGAACUUUCCCCCACGCAGCCGAUGGAGCAGGAGGUGACUGAGUGUGACACAGGUGAUGCCACGGAAACUGGUGCGAGCGCUCCGAACCAGUCUGACUCGGUUGAAAUGGAGUCUCCGACUACCCCCUCUCAGGGUCUGGUGUCGUCUGAGAGAGACCAGCCUGAAGGAGAGCGCUGCUCCAGCUCCGACAGCAUCCCCUCACUGGCAGCCGCUCUGAUGGAGCUGCACGAGCUGCUGGUGUCUAACAACUGUCAGUCUCAAAACCGCAGCACCUCCUGCUCCCCCUCACAUCCAUUCAGACAGGACACAGACGAAGUAGCCCCCGAGCCCCGUACCCCGACACCCGAAAUCGCCCCACCUACCCCAUCUACUGCCAUUACAACCGGUGUAGAACCAAGCAAUGCCAAAGCCAACCAUGAUGCUGCUGUGUCUGAUGAGGGACCAUCUAAGUGUCUUGUGCCUGAGCUCUCUGGCCAGGAUGAGCAUGUGGAUGGAGAUACAGCGCAGACUGUGGAGGGACUAGGACCGCCGCAAUGUCCAGAUGGCUGUGGGGAGAGGAGGGCAGAUCAAUGUGGACAAGAUGAAGCUAGUAACAUCAGCAUCUCUCAGCCUGAGCCAGAGGUUCCUCCUGAUCCUGCUGGGGACUUGGAGUUCAGGGAACCUCCUGAGGGGCAGCAGGGGAGAGGGGUCGCAGACGGAAGAGCCUCUGGCACAAACACCCCAGACACUCUCAGCCUCCAGACUGAGCACACUUUUCUCAGCCCCCUGUCGAUGGCAGUGGGCUCACCUGAGGAAGUCUCUAGCACCUCGUCUCCCUCUGCCCCUCAAGCUCCCCAGCAUACGUCUCCAGCCCUCCUUCUCCCCUCUCCGAAUCCCUUUACAGAACAAUUUCCAGCUGAGCACAUCCAGAGAAUCCAGGCAGCAGGGUUUUCUGCCAGGGAGGCUGCAGAGGCACUGGAACAAGCCCACGGGGUUGUAGAGCUAGCUCUGCUGGCACUACUAGCCCGUAGUAUCACUGUGCCCACCUAGACUCAUAACCAGCCAUGCGAGUCCCAGACCUCCCAACUCAGCAUCUGCCUGAUUUAUACCUUGUUACUGAUCCAGAUGUCUCAGUCCCUUCUCAGCAGGGAGCACGUAAUAACACAGGGAAAUGCUGUCUCUUGGUUUGUCAUACAGAAUAUCCAAGAACAAACAGGACAACUUGUAACACUUUUCUGGAUAUAACAGAUAUGUGAGGUGUGUUUGCAUGCAGGUGUUUUGGGUGCCCACCCAUUUCAUUGGUUUUUAGAUAUUUGGUAUGGUAGAUUGAUUUUUCUUCUUGUUUUGUCGUCCAACAGACAUAUUAUUAAAUGCCCAAUGUACGAUUGAAUCUUAAACCAUUAAACAUUAUAAUUUCCCCUUUUGACAUUUAAAAAAACUAUUGUGUAAGAAUUUAAGUUGUGCAGCAUCAAUAAAUAAUCUCAAAAUGGAGCAACAUUACUCCCACUCCACAUGCAAGGUUAACUCUGUCUUUCAGCAUUUAUGUUUAUAACCCCCCCAAUAAACAAAAAUCAAAAAACCCACUGAUGGAAAAUAUUGUGGGAGUUGCAGUUCAGGAGGAUUGAUCAUUUUUUUUGAUCUAAGUUUACAAAUAAUUCCUACAAAUAAGUGGGAAUCCCCUGAAAUUCAGUCAAUAUCGUGAAAAUAUCAAGUGAGCCACAAGUGUUUGUUACAAUAUGAUCAUCGAAGGCAUUUUGUGAUUCAGUGUAUUAAAGAAGGUAUCUCGUACUGUAUGAAUCAUUCACCUGAAAGCUUUGCCAUAUGUAGAUUACAAAACAGUUCGUAGCUCCUGUUCAGAAACGUUUUUUCUUUUUAUUUUGUGUCAAAUCAUCAUAGUGUGUGUUCAUACCUUUUAAAAAAAAAAUUCAUUUUGUGAUCUGUUAUGAAAAUGGCCAUCCGCGGCUGUCAGAUGUUUUGUCAGUACAGCAGAUAUCAAGGAUUUUAACGGCUUUAUUUGAGUCAUCUACCAACAAUGUUCAGGCAGAUUGAAUUAUUUACUUUUAUCUUGUAUGAAAUUUUCAAAUGCAAAUAAAAUGGAACUAGUAUUUGUA